AUGGCAGCCCCUCUCACCCAGAGCCAGAUCGAUCUCGUCAAGUCGACAGCUCCUGUCCUCAAGGAGUACGGUGUGACAAUCACAACAAAGUUCUACGAGAACAUGCUUCGGGAGGUUCCCGAACUCAACAACAUAUUCAGCACUACCAGCCAGAGGACAGGUCGCCAGCCGCGGGCCCUUGCUAACGCUGUGCUCGCGUAUGCCACUUAUGUCGAUGAUCUCGACAAGCUGAAGCACGCCGUCGAACGUAUUGCGCAUAAGCACGUUUCUCUGCAGGUUACAGCGGAGCAGUACGACAUCGUCGGCAAGUACCUGAUUCAGGCUAUCGGCCAGGUUCUUGGCGCGGCCGCCACUCCUGAGAUCGUCGACGCCUGGGUUGCUGCCUACGGUGUACUAGCCAAGAUCUUCAUCAAGGUCGAAGGCGACCUCUACAAGCAGAAUAAGGCCGACAAGUGGCUCGGUUGGCGCAAGUUCCGUAUUGUCCGAAAGGAGCGUGAAAGCGAUAGCAUCACCAGCUUCUAUCUGGCUCCGUCUGACGGCGCUCUCCCACUGCCCCGUUUCCAGCCUGGCCAAUACGUCAGCUUGCAGGUUGAUGUCCCCGAGUUAGGCUAUCUGCAAAGCCGGCAGUACAGCUUGAGCGAGGGCUAUUCCCCGGAGUCUGGCUACUACCGCAUCAGCGUUAAGAAGGAGGAGGGUACGGAAGCCGGCAUCCCGGGCAUUAUCUCUAACAAGCUGCACGAGAAGUACAACGUCGGUGAUGAGGUCGAGCUGUCACAUCCGCAGGGCGAGUUCUUCCUGGACCCAACCGACGCUUCGAAGGCCGGCGUUCCUGUUGUGCUCAUCUCUGCUGGUGUUGGCGCCACUCCGCUUAAGGCCAUUCUAGAUAGCCUCACCGGGCCCUCGGCGGUUGUUAAGCGGCCCAUCUCUUGGAUUCACGCCUCUCGCUCUCGCGCCGUGCAGCCGUUUGGAGAUGCGGUUCGGGAGAUUACCAAGGCCAAUGACAACGUCAACUCAGUCGUUUUCCUCAAGAAUGUCGGUCCCGAAGAUCAGGAAGGCGUUCACUACCAGUUUGCGGGCACUCGUCUCUCUCUGGAGAAGCUGGAUGCCGAGAAGGACUUGUUCGUGAACAACCCACAGGCCGAAUACUACAUUUGUGGACCGGAGAGCUUUAUGAUAGAUGUCAGGCGUGGUCUUGUUGGCAUGGGCGUGGACAAGAACAGAGUUUUCUUGGAGCUUUUCUCUACGGGUGACGUUCCGGACGAGUGA